CCAGCGGAGGCGAAUGCGAGGGAGGUAGUGAGCGGUGUCCGGCCCCACCAUGCUGAUCGCGCUCGCCCCGCCAGCCCUGCCCGGGCUCACAGGUCAACUACCCUCGGCCCCCGCGCGCCGCCAGGACUCCUCCAGUUCGUCAGGCUCCUACCACACGGCUCCAGGUUCUCCAGAGCCCCGGGACAUUGGGCCGGACGCAGAGGGCCGGGCAAAUUGGCCCCGGCUGGCCCCUGUGCUGGGGGCGGGUGCGCAGCCUCGCCUGUCCGUCAGCGCCCAGAAUAGCCUCCAGCAGCUCCGGCCCGGCUCGGAUUUCCCGCGAGGCCCGGGCUCAGGCCCGCGGCCACCCCAGCCCCAGCUGCGCAUGCUGCCGUCGGGGGAAAUGGAAGUCAUCUUCGGCCCCGGGGCCCUGUUCAGCCCCUCUGACUCGGCGGAUAGCGAGGUGCAACAGAUCACGGCGCGGACUGUCCACAGCCUCUCUCCACCAGGGCCCCCGUCGCCGGCCCCCGCCGCACCGCAGCCCCAGCCCCCCGACGGUGGUUCCCGCUGGGCCACCUACCUGGAGCUGCGGCCCCGUGGGCUGAGUCCUUCCACCCCAGCGCAGUUCGAAUGUGUGGAGGUGGCGCUGGAGGAGCAUGCGGCGCCCUCCCGGCCCCGGACGGUGCCCAAGCGUCAGAUCGAGUUGCGUCCCCGGCCUCGGAGUCCCCCGCGGGAGGCCGGCGCACCGCGCCCCCGACUGCUCCUGCGCACCGGCUCCCUGGAUGAGUCCCUGGGCCGUCUGCAGGCCGCCGCGGGCAUCGUGCAGGCGGCGCUAGCCAGAAAACUGAACCCCGCGGCUCUUGCCCCAAGCAGCGCCACCUUCGGGCCCACAGAUCGAGCAGAGCCCGAGGCUCAGAAAACGGCCAGCAGUACCCGAAUGGUCCAGGAGGAUGGCAGGUCUCGGCCACCCCGUGUGCAAUAUAAUUCAGCCCCUGCCAGGGCCCCACGGCCGUGGCCCAGCCUCCGCGAACGCGCGAUUCGGCGCGACAAGCCCGCGCCCGGGACCGAGCCACUGGGGCCGGUUAGUUCCAGCAUCUUCCUGCAGUCAAUGGAGAAGACCCAAGAGACGCAGAACCAAGAACCCAAGACUAGGUUCCCUGGAGAGACUCCGGAUCGAACCGUUCUGAAGCCACAGAGCCCUUCUUUCGAAUCCAGCGACACCUGGGAAGUUCCGAGUAAGGCUGUGAGGCCCAGGAGCCCGUCCUCGCUGCGGCAGCCUCUAAAUGGAGCCGUGCGGAGUUCUCACUGCCUGGCCCCACAGAACCUGUCCCCGUGGGAUCGGGCUAUUCGGAGGGUGAGUAGUCCGUCCUUCCCUGAGGCAUACGCCGCACGGGAAAAUCAGGAUCCCACCGUCGAGGAAACUGUCAGCAGAAGAAGCUCUUCCCCUCCGACCCUUCCCCAGUGGAAUCCGGGUGUCAACAGGGCAAGAAGCCCAUCCCCUGAGCCUCCUUCACUGUGGGAGGUUCCACAUCCCGUAAUCGGAGCUACGGUAAAAGGGAGUAGGAGCCCAUCCCCGCCGGCCUUGUCCUCAAGGGAGGCUCCAGAUCGCCCUGUACAGACCUGGAGCCCAUCGCCCCAAGAGACAUGGGAUCCCACAGUCCAGGGUUCAUCCGUAGCCUCUACGCGGGAAGCCGUGAAUGGCGUAGUCCAGGGGGAGCUGGCGCCGCCUACGCCAUCCUCACCUAGGACUCCAGAGCUAACAGAGGCUGAGAGUCCCUCCACGCGGGAGAUGCCGGAUCUCGCCUCCCGAGGCAGUCAGCCGUCGCCAGAGGUGGCUGCACCUGGCCUGCCCGUCAGUCGCCUCGUGGGCACCGUGGAUUCGGAUGUGCGCCCGGAAGCCGUGGGCCCUGGAGAAGCGGCCCUGGAACGUCCGCGAGUGGCUAUUCCGCGACCCCGCGACGUGCGCAAGAUGGUGAAGACCACAUACGCGCCGAGUUUUCCGGCGGGAAUCCCAGGCUCAGGGCUGCCUGCCCCUCCUGCGGAUUCCCGUCCGGAGGAGGACGGUGCAUCCAAGAAGCAAGAGCUCCAGAUGCCGGGGACCCCCGCCCCGGCUCACUACACUUCCGUUUAUCUCAAGGACUUUCUGCCAGUCGUCUCGCACCCCUACGAGUCCCCAGAGCUCUCCUCCAACACAGCUCCCAGGGACGCUUCGCAGCCCAACGGGGCCCUGCGGCGGAGGGCAGAGAACAGCACAGCGAAACCCUUUGCGCGCACUGAGAUCCGCCUGCCUGGUGCCCUGGCAUUGGGCCGACGACCAGAGGAAACCCGGGGAGUCCUAGUGCGCGGUCCUGCAGGGGAGAACCCGGUUACGGAGGCCCAGCGCCUUGUCCCCGAUGGUGAGGGUACGACCAGCCCUCUAGGUGGAGCUCGCACCUUACCCCAGCAGUCGCCCACAGGGCCAGCAGGGGUCCAACCGUCUGGGCCACCCCGCCCCAAUUCCCCUCAGAUGCAACCUAGCUCGAGCCCUGGGAGAGCACUCAAAUUGGAGACGCCCCCUUCGGCCCCAGAGCCUGCGACUGCGACCCAGGCACCUCUCCUGCUGGAGCCCCAGGCACCUCUCCUGCUGGAGCCCCAGGCAUCGGCGGGCACGACGGCCCGGCCCCAGACCCGCGCAGCCUCUGCGCCUCCGAUGGACCGGUCCCCAGAAGGCCCCUCCCAAGGGUCACGCAGGCCACCUGGGGCUGCGCGCACAGGGAAGGUCCUGGUGGAUCCGGAGAGUGGCCGCUACUACUUUGUGGAGGCGCCACGGCAGCCUCGGCUACGGCUGCUCUUUGACCCAGAGAGCGGGCAAUACGUGGAGGUGCUUCUGCCGCCCUCGCCCCCGGGGCCACCCAGGCGCAUCUACACCCCUCUGGCCCUAAACCCCAGCCUCUACCCGCCCGCCUAUGGGCCUCUCCCUGGCCUCUCACUGCCGCCGUCUCCGGGCCCACCACCCUUCAGCGGCACCCAGUUACCCUGGGCCUCGGACGCGGGGUCCCUGGACGGGAUGUACUAUCUGCCCGUGAGUGGGACCCCCAGCCCCGCACCCCCUCUGUUUCUCUGUGCUCCUCCUACCAGCUUGGGUCCGGUUCCUGCCCAGCCUGGCAAGGGCUCCUUGUUCCCUGUGUGAGGCCCCAGGGCCUGA